AUGUUCGCCGCCAGCGCAAGGUCGUCCGCGGCGCGCAGCGCACGCGUAGCGCGCAACUUCGCCACUGUCGUCGAGAGCGCAGGCGUCAAGGUCGCUGCGGCCGACCACGGCCAGCCCACGUCCUCGGUCACCCUCCUCGUUAAGGCCGGCAGUCGAUUCGACCCCAAGCCUGGCGUUGCGCAUACGUUGAAAAACUUUGCUUUCAAGAGCACCGGGAAGCGAUCGGGUUUGGGAACUGUGAGGGAAGCGGAACUGUAUGGUGGUGUUCUGCACGCUGGGCUUUCCAGGGAAUACCUCACCGUGACUGCUGAUUUCCUGCGCGGCGACGAGUCAUACUUUGUCGACCUCCUCACCUCUUUCAUCACCUCCUCGAAGUUCACCCGUCACGAACUCAACGAAUCUGUCGCCCCCGUCGUCGAGGCGGAGUCUACCGCGGCGUCGCAGGAUUCUGCGACCCGGGCACUCGAGCUCGCCCACGCCCUUGCCUUCCGGAAUGGACUCGGCUUGCCCCUCUUCGCCCCUUCGCACAGCGGUAUCACCCACGAGGAGGUAAAGGCUUUCGCAUCUUCCGCCUUUGCCAAGGGCAACUUCGCUUUCCUCGGCACUGGCAUCGACCAGUCCACCCUCGCCAAGCUCGUCGAGCAGGGUCUGUCUGGCGCGAGCGCUUCCUCCAGCAGCGCGCCAUCGACUGGUGCGACCAAGUACUUUGGUGGCGAGUCGCGCUUAGCCGCGGACGGCCCCUCGAGCGUCUUCAUCGGUUUCGGCACCACCGGAGCCCCCACGCCUGAGGUCGCCGCGCUCGCUGCGCAUCUCUCGGUCGAGCCUGCCGUCAAGUGGUCGCAGGGCACGUCGCCGAUCGCCGCCGCGCUACCUGAGGGCACUUCGGUCAAGAGCGUAUAUAUUCCGUACUCGGACGCGUCGCUCUUCGGCCUUCUCGUCGAGGGCAGCACCCCCGCGGGCGUGAAGGAAGCCGGCAAAGCUGCCGUUGCUGCGCUCAAGGAGGCUGGUAGCUUGAAGCAGGAGGAUGUCAAGAAGGCCGUCGCGAAGGCCAAGUUCGCUGCUGCGAGCGCUGUUGACUCCAGGGAGGGACUCGUCUCCAUCCUCGGUGCAAAGGUUCUGGCCGGCUCUGAGGCUUCGCUCGAUGGCGCGCUGUCCGCAUUUGACAAGGUCGAUGCUUCCGCGUUCUCGAAGGCUACCUCCGCUCUUCUCAAGAGCAAGCCGACCUACGUUGCAGUUGGAGACAUUACCUACCUUCCCCACGCCGACGAGCUCGGUCUGUAA